CGCCCUCCGGUGGGGUGCAGCGGGACCGUCAGAGGCUAAGUAUCGCUUCGGUGUGCUCGCUGUAAACAAAUCUGGAACGCCACGAUGUACGGAAAAGCCUAAUUUCCUGUAGUCCCAGCCUGUCAGUGCUAACCUUCAACAUGUAGACCGACGACCAAGGUUUGCAGUCCGGCCGCGUUCAAGUACGGCGGUUAUUUUUUUUUUAACACUAGCCGGACCUGUCAUUGUUUUGGCCGGGGGUAUUUUUUUUGUAAUCUACGAUAGCCAUUAUGGUCGCCCGGUGAGUUGUACAUCACACGUAGGUCGCUAACGCUAAGCACACUGUAUGAAUUGUGAGUGUUUUCGUAUACACCAGCAUUAGCGCCGAGAAAUCCUGCGGUACCCGAACAUGGCAUCGGCCGCAGAGCAUGACCUGGCUCUGACUGAAGCGGACAGCAGCAAAGAGAAAGCACAGGUGUUCGGCAUUUUGAGGCUGCAGGAGGAGAAAUCUGCAGUUGGGGAUAAAGCUAACACUGGCAGCGCUAUGAGAGGUGGAGGCGGAGGUGGAGGAGGAGGAGGAGACGGGCGAUGGCAGGCUCCUAUCUUCGCUUUGGCCAGGAAAGCAUCAGAGACCAUUUCAGGCAGCAUUCACGUCCUGCCCAAAGUGUCGGAGCACAGAACAUCUCUGCCAGGGGACUGGACUGUGCAAGCCUUGCGAGACCCAAUGGCCAUGGAGCGAGCCAACCUGCUGAACAUGGCCAAGCUGAGUAUUAAAGGGUUAAUCGAGUCGGCUCUGAGCUUUGGAAGAACACUGGACUCCGACUACCCACCUCUUCAGCAGUUCUUUGUCGUCAUGGAGCACUGCCUCAAACAUGGCCUCAGAGUGAAGAAGUCCUUUCUGGGCUUCAACAAGUCUCUGUGGGGUCCACUAGAGCUGGUGGAGAAGCUGUGUCCUGAAGCAGCCGAGAUCUCAGCCUCCGUACGAGAUCUGCCAGGACUUAAGACCCCUCUAGGCAGAGCCAGGGCGUGGCUGCGUCUGGCUCUGAUGCAGAAACGGCUGGCCGACUAUCUGCGACUACUUAUCACCAGGAAGGAUCUGCUCAGUGAUUUCUAUGAGAAUUCAGCGCUAAUGCUGGAGGAGGAGGGAGCAGUGAUUGUGGGCCUGCUGGUGGGCCUGAAUGUCAUCGAUGCCAACCUGUGUGUCAAAGGCGAGGACCUGGACUCACAGGUUGGGGUAAUUGACUUCUCCAUGUACUUGAAGAAUGACAUUGAUGAUUACAGGAGUGAAGAGAGAAACAGCCAGAUAGCAUCCAUCUUGGACCAGAAGAACUACGUAGAAGAGCUGAACAGACAGCUUAACUCGACAGUACAUGGUCUUCAGGGCAGAGUUGACUCUCUGGAGAAGUCCAACUCUAAGCUCAUAGAGGAGUUAGCCAUAGCCAAAAACAACAUCAUCAAACUGCAAGAAGAAAACCAGCAACUGAGGAGUGAAAACAGUGUAAUUCUUCUGAAGACACAACAGCACUUAGAGGUAACCCAGGGUGAUGUGUCUGUGGAGAGAGACACCUACAAACAGUCUCGUCAGGGUUUGGAUGAGAUGUACAACGAGGCUCGAAGACAACUGAAGGAGGAGUGUCAGCUCCGGCAGGAUGUGGAAAAUGAGUUGGUCGUCCAGGUGUCAAUGAAGCAGGAAAUGGAGCUGGCUAUGAAACUUCUAGAGAAAGAUAUUCAUGAAAAACAGGACACACUGAUUGGGCUGAGACAGCAACUGGAUGAGGUUAAAGCCAUCAAUGUAGAGAUGUACCAGAAGAUGCAGUCAUCUGAUGAGGAAAUGAAGAAGAAGAAUGAUGUGAUUAGUCGUCUGGAGGAGAAAACCAAUCAGAUCACUGCCACCAUGAAACAGCUAGAGCAAAGAUUACAGGAUGCAGAGAGGCACCGAUCCUUGGCUGAAGAGGGAACCAGACGCUUCAAGUUGGACUUUGCCAACAAGGCCGACAGCCUGCAGCGGCAGAUUGAGCACAGAGAAAAGCAACUCCAGCAGCUGGAAACAGACCUGAAGAUAGAGAGGGAGUGGAGGCAGACAUUACAAAAUGAUCUGGACCGAGAGAGAGAGACGGUGGCUCAGCUCAGUACAGAGGCGCUGCAGAUCAACGGACUAAAAAAGGAGUUCCAUCGUCUCCAGGAUGAAAACGUUCAACUGAAAACGAUCUGCGAAGAUCAAGAGCAAGCACUUGAAGAACUAGGCUCCAAACUCAGCGAAUCCAAACUAAAGAUCGAAGACAUCAAGGAGGCCAACAAAGCUCUUCAGGGAGGUCAGGUUUGGCUGAAGGACAAAGAAGCCAGUCACUGCAAACUGUGUGAGAAAGAGUUCUCCAUCUCUAGACGAAAGCACCACUGUAGGAACUGUGGGGAGAUUUUCUGUAACAGCUGCUCCGACAAUGAGCUUCCUCUUCCGGCCUCGCCCAAACCUGUGCGGGUGUGCGACACCUGCCACGCCCUGCUCCUCCAGAGAUGUUCCUCCAACCCAACGUGAAGGAAUCCUCUGUAAGAUUCAUCUUCACACUCAGUUUCAACAGUGUUUGCUGCUAGGAAUAAUGCACCAUGUGCAUGAACAUGCCACCUCUGUAUUAUUUAUUUUUCUGACCUGGUUUUGUUCACAACACUACUUCUGCUGCGCAUGCUUGCUUUUUGUAACUCAAGGCAAACAAGGAGGUAAUAGGUCUAUUAUAGCGUGGGCUGAGAUUUCUAUAUGGUACCAGACAAACUCAGAGUCCAGGACCUAUCAUAAAACAUAAACAAUCAUCAAAUAUAAUAUCAGUACUUCUAAUUUAUUUGCAGUAAGUUGACAUCCUUUUCUAUACAAGUGCUGGCUAUGCUCAGACAUCAGCAGAUACUUAAUAACAGAAUCUGAAAAUUAAUGCAGUACGAAUUACAAAGCUAAAAGUGGGAACAAUUAAAGACUUUUCAGACUUUUGUUCACAGCACAGGACACAUCUGUGGUUACUGUUAUGCAGGAUGGUUUCAAUAAAACCAACACAACAGGUCUAACUAUGUUGUGCAAUCCUUUAGUUAAAUAUGUUACCUAAUUUGUGGAAUAUUUUGGAACCUGUUAUCAAACAGGAACAAAUACAGGAAAGACCCAGCUCUUAAAGUCUGAAUAAUACUAAUCAAAAAUUCAGAUUGUUCUGCAAACUAAAUGCAGAAACAUUCAUUUGUACACAUUCUGCAGAUCUUGAGUACAUUAUGUCACAAUGAACAAAACUCUGGCUUUUUUAAAUGAACUUGAACCUUUUUUUUUUUUGUCAGGACCAUUUCUGCAUGUGUAAAUGCCUUACCUACUUGUGCUUCUCAUGUUGCCAAAACGAGCUCAGUAUUUCAUCAGGAUUCCAAGAGACGAGAUGUCUGCUGGCCCAGAAUAUUUCAAAGUAGCAACACUAGCAGAUACUAGCCAAGCAAGCAGUCUAGAGUAAAGGCACCUUUCACUGUUUGUUUGAGACACUAAUGCAGUAAAAGUUGGUUAAAGGACAAAGAAAAGCAACAGAUGCUUUCAUCUUUGUGGAAGACGUAAACUCCUAUGAGUCUGUAACUGUUCAGGAACCACUGAUGGCUACCCCACAGAGACCACUUACAUGACCACAUAGUGUUUAUUGAGAAGACACUUGAGUGGUACGCACUGACAAGAAGUGUUCCCAAACACUCACCAGUCCUAUAAAAAUGGUAAUAUUUUUAUUUGAUUUUAUUUUAAUGCACAAUUUUUUGAUUUCAGAAAUCCAGGGAAUUGAUCUUUCCCUGUUCACUUGAAGUUAGUUUUACUCUGUGCAGAUGGAGAGUUUAUAGAACUGCAUCUUGCUGCUCCAUUCCUGACCGAGGAAGAAUCAAACUCUAAAACUCUCCAAGAAAAAGAUUUGAGAUGUUUUGUAAUUCUUUGGGUAGACCUGUGAAUGCUGUGACUUUAAAGUGAUGGGUUACACAAGCUCCGCUGCACAUUCUGGUUUUGUACAAUGUUUACAUGAUUUUUCAGAAACUGGAAGUAUUCAUUCCCAUGCAGAGACGCCACUGGCCUGGGUUUAUGUCAAAUAUUUGAGUUUAUAAUAUCAUCAUUAUAUAUACAUUUAUAUUAAUAUAGACAAAUAUUGUUGAAAUGAGCCCAGGCUGGUGUGUUUUUGUAGUGUUGCUCUUAAUCUCCCAGCCUUUGAUGGGAUUUGUACAGUGUUGAUACCAUGACGUUUGUUGUAUAUAAAUACAGUUGAUAAUCACUGUGGCCUUUAGUUUACUAAAUCCUGCCAGUUUAAAAUUAACAAUUGCCAACAGUAUGAUGGCCUAGACUGUGUAGCAGUUUCUGAUUAAAGUUAGACUUUUUGUGAA